AUGAACAAGCUUCAACUCACCACCUUCUUCCUCCUCCUCCUCCUGAGCUCUACGGCCGCUUCUUCUCCUCCUCCUCUCCCUGCGCAGAAGACGGCGCCGGAGGGGACGAGGUGGGCCAUCCUAGUGGCCGGCUCCGGCUACUACUACAACUACAGGCACCAAGCCGACGUCUGCCACGCCUACCACAUUCUCAAGAAGGGAGGCCUCAGGGACGACAACAUCGUCGUUUUCAUGUCCGACGACGUCGCUUUCAGCGUCGGCAACCCCCGCCCGGGCAUCCUUAUCAACAAGCCCACGGGAAGCGACGUCUACUCCGGCGUCCCCAAGGACUACACCGGCAGCAAUUGCACCGCCGACAACUUUUACGCGGUGAUUCUUGGGAACCGGUCCGCUUUGACUGGGGGAAGCGGGAAAGUCGUCGACAGUGGCCCCGACGACACCGUUUUCAUCUACUACGCCGACCAUGGUUCCGCUGGGCUCGUUGGAAUGCCUGUGGGGAAAAGCGUGUACGCCCACGACCUGAUGGAAGUUCUCAAGAAAAAGCACACUGCUAAUGCUUAUAAGAGCAUGGUGAUAUAUAUGGAGGCGUGCGAGGCGGGAAGCAUGUUCGAUGGGGUGUUGCCCGGCGACAUGAACAUCUACGCCGUCACGGCGUCGAACACAUCGGAGAGCAGUUACGCGUUCUAUUGCCCCGGAGACUACCCCGCCGGCGCUCCCCCUGAUUUCCAGACCUGCUUGGGCGACUUAUUCAGCAUUUCCUGGCUCGAGGACAGCGAUUUGCACGAUCCGCGCAAGGAAACCCUUGAACAACAAUACCAUGCGGUGAGAAGGAGAACGGCGAUGGAUUCAGAAAACUCAAGCUCCCACGUGAUGCAGUACGGGGACAAGACCAUCGCCCACCAACUACUCUCCUUCUACAUCGGUUUCGACGACGGCGCCGGCGCAACCACCAGCCGUAUUAUUAGCACUACUACUAGUUAUCACGAUCGCCGCCGUGCCGCGGCCACCGCUGCCAUUCCUCGAGCCGCCCCCGUCAGCCAACGUGACGCUGUCCUUGUCCAUCUCCAGCAACAGGAAAAGGCAGAGGCUGAAAUGAAGUUGGAGAGGGAGAUUUUCAGGAGGAAGCAAGCGGACGAGAGGAUAACAAGGAUCGGAGACAUGCUGCUUGGCGGCCACGAGACGGCCGUGAAUGUGAUGAAUUCGGUCAGGCCUUCCGGCCACCCUCUCGUCGACGAUUGGGAUUGCUUCAAGUCCUUUGUGGAAACAUACGAAGAAAAAUGCGAGGAGAAGUCGUCGGAGUAUGGGAAGAAGUACAGCAGAGCCCUAGCCAACAUGUGCAAUGCUGGAGUUACUCUCCGCCAACUCAUCGCCGCUUGCAAGAAAGCUUGCCCUAACAACAAAUUAGGCAAGGGCAUGGUUAAUGAAACCAUAUCUCGACCUUAA